AUGGGCCUCAUCAAGACUGGAAUCCAACUCGCCGGAGCUUACGGCCUCCUCAAAGUCUCCUCAAAAGCUGCGAAUGAUUUUCAAGAAAAGAAGCAACAAACUCAAGCGCACCAAUGCCAAUGCCAUCAUCAUCACCCCGACCACCACCCCCAACAAUACCAACAAUCACAUUAUGCAUACGACCACCGCAUGAACUACAACCCUGGCUCUGGUUCAUACCACCAUUAUCCUCACCAUGCACCCUACAACCCCACUCCCUAUCCCUCGCAUCAAACUAUGCCAACGGCCAAAUAUGAAGGGUCAAUGCCGCCGACCGCGCAUCACCCUCAGACACAAUCCCAGUCCGCAGAACUACCAUGAUCGCCAGUGGAGGAUCCACUAUGGCUCUUGAUCUCAAAGUCCAAUUGGCUGAGGCGGUAUUUCUGGCCCCCACGCGAAGGAUCAGCUUCACGGGACGCUUGUCGCGCUGGCUCCACUGAAAAGUGGGCCGGGGCGCGGGUGGAAGGCAGGAUACCCUCCAACUCUGACCAAGAAGCGCUUCAUCCGGCCGUUGACACCCCUCAGCAUAAUUUUCCAUUCGGACGGAG